CAACACAACCUGACAAGUUAAACAAGUUCAUGUGCCACAGUGAAUCGCAUUUCACACAGCUAAUUCAGCAAUCAGAGGGAGACUUGGCACUCACUUCUGUGAGACAAAAUGAUAAGGGCCGACCACAUCCAAAUUGUUAUACUCUUAGGAGCACUUCUCUCUGUUGUUUUUUUCCUUCAAUAUUAUGGUGACACUGAAAUGUUCUACUCACCAAAACUUGUAAAAAUGUAUAAAGAUUCCAACAAUUACUCAUUCCCAAAAUGUGAACGAAACAUGGCUGCUGCCCGAAUCUCAGGCUUCGAUGGUUUCCCUGAUAUACUUAAAGACUUUCUUUACUAUCGUCACUGUCGCUAUUUUCCCGUGAUUCUGGACCUUCCUGACAAAUGCGGAAGUAUUGAAGAACCUGAAGACAUCUUCCUUCUGCUUGUAAUUAAAAGCUCCCCCGUGCAUUAUGAACGACGUGAAGUGCUGCGAAAAACCUGGGCUAAAGAGAGGUCAUACAAAGGUUUGCGGAUUCGAAGGAUUUUCAUCACUGGAACAACGGGUACUGACUUUGAGAAAGAGCGAGUGAACAAACUCCUCAAAACAGAGCAGCAGGAACACAAUGACAUCCUCCAAUGGGACUUUCAAGAUACAUUUUAUAACCUCACUUUAAAGCAGGUUCUAUUCCUCAAAUGGAUGAAGAGGAACUGUCAGCAGGUUAAUUUUUUGCUAAAUGGUGAUGAUGACGUUUUUGCCAACACGGACAAUAUUGUGGACUACCUCCAUGGUCGCCAUAACAAUAACGGAAGCCAGCAUCUGUUUACUGGUUUUCUGAUAAAAAAUGGAUUUCCCGUAAGAUGGGACAGGAGCAAGUAUUUUGUUCCAUCUCAAGUGUAUGAACCAAAUGUUUACCCCAACUAUUGUGGUGGUGGGGGCUUUCUUUUGUCCAGCUAUACAGCUUUAAUGAUACAUAGCUAUUCCGAUAUCAUUCCACUUAUUCCUAUUGAUGAUGUUUACAUGGGAAUGUGCCUAGAAAAAGCAAAACUGGCACCAGCAUCUCAUAUUGGUAUAAAGACAUUCGGAUGGUACAUUCCCUCCAAAAAAAUAGACCAAUACGAUCCUUGCUAUUUUAGAGAUUACCUCUUGGUACACCAAUUCUUUCCGAAUAAUAUGUACCUUAUGUGGAAUCAAAUAAAUGACCCUAAUUUGAAAUGUGGUAUCACAAAUUCAUCUAGGACGAUCCAAACUUAAACUUACAGUUAGUGAAAUUGGAUUUUAUGAGUUGGAGUCACGGCAACCAUUGAAUCAUGUGAAGGUUUUAAACUGAUAUAUCACGGCUGCCCAAACAGACAGUCAGCCAGACAGCCACUGUUACACGAGUGAUAUAAUCACAGACUGUACAUAAAAGAUUCUGUACUGAUUUGAUUCUUCUGAUUUUUGGGGGGUUUUUUGUUUUUAAAAUGUACUUUGUAAAUAAAUGUGAAUUGAGGUAAGUCUUCAGAUCGAGAAGUAAUGUCCAGCUUUUGAAUACAGUCUAAGGGCCGAAAGUGUUUGUCAUGUUCUCAUAUGUUUCCGGUAAUCCACAAAUACAGUUUUGUUCACUGCAAGUAGGCCAAAGAAAGUGGGUUCGUGCUUAGGGGCACUAGUAUUUGAAGUAUUCAUCUGAAGUAUUAUUUAAUUACUUUUCCUGCUUUAACUGUGACUAGGGAUGCACUAUUAUUUAACCAGUAAUGACCUUUGAUGCCAUAGUGAAAAAAAAUGCAUUUGUUGAAGGCAACUUGUGAUUUUAUCCGUUUUGUAACGUUAAUGCAGUGGUUCCCAAACUUUUUUUUGCCAGGCCCCCCUUUGUUUUACAAGAAACCGCGCCCCCCCUGCAAUGGCUCUGUGCCCCCCUAGGGGGCGGGCCCCACACUUUGGGAACCUCUGCGUUAAUGCAAUGUAGAGUUGAAAUACUUUUUAGUUAUUUAUUUAGUUGUUUUGUUUAAAGUAGGGGUUUGUUUGUUUCAAAGGGGCAAAAGGUUUGUUAAUGAAUAACAAACACACAAUAAAAAGAGACUAUUUGUCAACCAAAAA